AUGGCGCUCUCUCCGAACGUAUUCUGGGCACAGACAAAGGACGCGGUCUACAUGACCGUCGAAGUCGAGCACAACAAGGACACACACAUCGACAUCAAGGAUGAGGCCCUGGCCAUCAAGGCGAAGAAGGACGGCAAGGACUACGAAUGCGUCAUCAACUUCUACAAGCCCAUCAAGUCCUCAGAGGUCAUGAAGGCCGACGAACGCUUCCUCAGGUUCAAGCUCCCCAAGGCUGAUGAGGAGAAGUGGCCAACGCUGAACAACGACGGCAAGAAGCACUGGCUCAAAAUCGACUGGGACCGCUGGGUCGACUCUGACGCCGAGGACGACGACGCUGCCAGGGACAACUUCGACAUGGGUAACUUCGGGAACUUCGGCGACUUCGCGGGCAUGAACCCCGGCGCCUUCGACGACGACGAUGAUGACUACAUGGGCGACGACAGCGACUUCGACAAGAAGGGCGAUUGCUGCAGCAUCGGCGACUGCGCUUGCGACAAGUGCGAGUGCGGCUCGGUCUGCAAAUGCAGUGCCAAGUGCAAGUGCGAGGCGUGCCCCUGCGAAGUCGACUGUGACUGCGACGCCGAGUGCAUGAACGCCAGCGGCUGCUGCAGCAAGGGUGACUGCGCGUGCGACAAGUGCGAGUGCGGUUCGAUUUGCAAGUGCGGUACCAGCUGCAGCUGCGGCGACUGCCCGUGCGACGCCGAAUGUGACUGCGGCGCCAAAUGCCUGACCACCGGCGGCUGCUGCGGCAAGGCCGAGUCUGACCGCAAGUGCUGCGAAAACUGCACCUGCGGUAGCGACUGCGCUUGCACCCCCGAGAACAUGUGCGCAGCCAACUGCAAGUGUGGCGUUGCUUCGGCCUGA